AUGGAGCCCAAGCAGCCGGCUGGCCAGUCCAGAUGGACGACCAACGCCUACUACGCGUCCAUUGUCUUCCUGAUCGCCUGUGGAUGUCUCCCCAAAGGCUACGAUGAAGGCGGCUUCAGCGCCAGCGUCACCCUGCCCUCCUUCGUCGACGACUUCAACCUCUCUGCCUCCCACUGGAAAGGAAAUGCCACUGGCCUGGCCAACCGCAAGGCCAACAUCUCCUCCUUCUUGGUGCUGGGCGCCGCCAUUGGCGCCCUCCUGGCCAUCUUCUUCAACGACCGCAUCGGCCGCCUGCGCGCCUGGCAGCUGGCCACCGUCGUCUAUGUCAUCGGCACCUUUAUCCAGGUCUUCUCGUCCGGCAUCUACGGCCUCCUCCUGUUCGCGCGCAUCUUCGCCGGUCUGGGCGCCGGCGCCCUCACCGUCAUCUCGCCGCUGUAUCUGUCCGAGAUUGCCCCGGCUCGAACUCGCGGAGUGGCAGUCAGCAUGACGAUGGUCACUCUGCUGUUCAUCCUGGCAUUGGGCUUCUUCAUCAACUAUGCUGCCAGCGUGGAAAUGGCGCCCACCCGGACCCAGUACCGCCUCGUCCAGGCCAUCCCGCUGAUCCCUGUCGGCUUCUGCUUCAUCGGCUCCUUUUUCCUGCCCGAAACCCCGCGCUACCUGGCGUCCAAGGAACGCCACGAGGAAGCCCGGCAGGUGCUGGCCCGCCUGCGAGGCUCGACCACGUCUGACCCCGCCGUGGAAAAGGAAUUCGACGAGAUCGAUGCCCAGGUGCGCGCGCACGUCGCCGAUCUGGAGGGCGUGUCCAUGUGGAGCAUCUUCAAGGAGAUCCAGCUCAACCCCAACUACCGCAGCCGCUUCUGGCUCGUCAUGGCGAUGCAGACCAUCGCCCAGUGGACCGGCGGCAACGGCAUCACCUACUACGUGCCGCAGAUCUUCACCUACGCGGGCGUGACGGGCAACGCCCAGUCGCUCAUCUCGUCCGGCGCGUACGGCAUCGUCAAGUUCGUCUUCACCAUGGCCUUCACCUGGGGGCUGAUCGACCUGUUCGGCCGCCGACGGUGCUCGCUGGUCGGUCUGGCCCUCCAGCUGGCGGCGCACAUCUACAUGGCCGUGUACAUGGCGAUCCCGGGCGCGGGCAACAACAAGUCGGCGUCGGACGCGGCCAUCGCGUCCAUCUUCGUGUACGCCGUCGGCUGGUCCGUCGGGCUGUGCACGAUCCCCUACAUCUACGGCUCGGAGCUGUUCCCGACGCGUAUCCGCAGCGUCGCCUACGCCAUCAGCAUGUCGCUGCACUGGUUCUUCCAGUUCGCCGUCGUGCGCGUCACGCCCAACAUGUUCGUCUCGCUGGACGUGUGGGGCGCGUACGUGUUCUGGGCGUGCAUCUGCUUCCUCGGCAUCGUCAUCCUGGGCAUCCUAGCCCCGGAGACGAAAGGUGUUCCGAUGGAGCGCAUGGGCGAGCUCUUCGAGGGACCGUGGUACCUCCGCUGGCGCGCCACGCUGCGUGACGACAACAUCAGCGACUACGAAGCUUCUCGCAAGGAAGAGAAAACCUCUGAAUCAAAGCAGCCUAUCCCGCAAGACAAUGCUGUCUGA